AUCUUCCAGCAAAUGCACCCUUCAACUUUCUCCAGCAACAUUUUUCAUUCCAGAUGGAUUUUCUGAUAUUUUACAUUUGUUUAUUGACUCUGAUCUCAAUCUUUCAAGGGAUUUCAGGGGCUACAUUUACACUUGUAAAUAAAUGUGAUUACACGGUUUGGCCUGGUAUCCUAGGCAAAACCGAGCUAGAUAGCACCGGUUUCGAGCUACCGUCCGGUGGAUCACGAUCCUUACCGGCACCACCGGGUUGGUCCGGUAGAUUCUGGGGGAGAACCAGAUGCACAUCGGACCAAACCACGGGCCAAUUCACUUGCCAAACUGGUGACUGUGGCUCGACUCAAAUUGAAUGCAAAGGGAAUGGCGCAACUCCACCGGCUACAUUAGCCGAGUUCACCAUAGGGUCCGGUACCCAGGAUUUCUAUGACGUUAGCUUAGUGGAUGGCUACAACAUACCGAUGAUCGUAGAGCCGAGCAAUGGUUCAGGCACGUGCUUGUCAACUGGUUGCAUCAAUGACUUGAACCGGCAGUGUCCGACAGAGUUAAGGGUCGGUUCCGGUGUGGCAUGUAAGAGUUCAUGCGAGGCAUUUGGAACGCCGGAGUAUUGCUGCAGUGGCGCGUACGCCACACCCGACGCAUGUAAACCAUCUGUCUAUUCGGAGAUGUUCAAAAUGGCUUGCCCCAAGGCAUAUAGUUACGCGUAUGAUGAUGCUACGAGUACGUUUACAUGUACGGGAGCUGAUUAUACGAUUACAUUUUGCCCUUCAUCAACAAGUAAAAAAUCUGCAAGCAAUACGGUCGUAACGACGACGAGAGGCGCAACAGUGACAACGGGGACAGCAUAUGGCUCUAUUACAGGGACAGGAGAGGUUCCUACUGACUACAAUGGUUCAUGGUUACCAGGUUCACUUACAGGGGAGUCUUCCAACUCACUUUCUGAAGCUGUUUUGCACAUCACAUUGUUAGCUUCAGCGAUUUCCAUUGUAUUCCUCUCUUAGAUGAACAGCUUAAAUGGAAGAUUAAUUUAGGGUUCCAAAUCCAGAUUGUAAAAGCCCAAUUUUCCAGGCCAUGUAUUUAAAAAUACAAGAUUAUUAUUACUCUUUUUAAUUGAUCUAGAAGGCAUAUGAAGAGUUAAUUUGUUACUGUGCUGGAACAACA